AUGGAUACUGGUCUUGAGUCAGGCAUCAAGACCCUUGUCUGCGAAACUAAAGAUUUGUGGGUCUCGAAGACCACGAAACCGAGCGAUUCAUGGAAAAUGGUGCGUAUUGACCUCCCUGUGGCAGAGGACGGUGACUCGUUUAAGCUUAUUUUAGAGGGAGUUAUUCCGGCUGGGUAUCCUGAUGCAAGAAUUUGUGUUGACAACAUUACCAGCUACACAGUACCAUGCAGUGAGCUGGAACCAAAGCCGGCUAAGUCUGCCCCUUCUACCUUCACCUGGGCUCAUUACUUCGGAAUUACCUUUAUUGUCGCCCUGGCCUUCGGCCUGCUGAUUCCCAUUCUGUUCCUCGUUGGGAUCAUUGUUGUCUGCAGACGCCGUCACGCUUACAGACACCACCACUCGAUGGUCAAUGGCUCCGGUGGCAGUUACGGAAACAGCAAACUCUUCUCGGCCAAUCUAUGGCACUACAUUGGGGGAAAGGAAGUUGCCGACGAUCCUUUCGCCGAGCACACCGCCAGUAUCCACAGACCACCCUUUUCAACCCACAAGUUCUCCGACGGAACCCUUGGAAUGCGCAGUGAUGGAACCUUGGACUUGCCUGACGUUGUUAUCCCGUCAGGCCGCGUUGUUGGUGGAACCCUCAUGCGUCAAACCUCGCACCCGGCUUACAACGGUGCGGCCUACGGCUACCAGACCAUGAUGACGGGAAAGCAGAUGCGGAAUGCCGGGUACAACGGCAUGACUAUGACGCCCCAGCCCAACAUGAUGACUUCCCAGCCAAAUUUCACCAUGGAUUUUAACGCGCAGAAUGUAAUGCCAAACGUGGCUCAAGGCAACCAGCAAAUGCUCGUGCCCAUGCAGUGCGCUCCUCCAGUUAGUCAAGGGAUGAUCCAGUCUGAUGUCGUGCAGCAGUCGGCGAUGGUGCAGCCCGCCAAUUACUUCCAGUCUUUGACCCAGCCGGCCACCACCACGGCCCCUAAUACGUCCGCGGCAGUAGCUGUAGCACCCGUUUCUGUGGCACAACCCACUGCCUGUGUUCACAGUGCGGCCCCUGCCACCGCCACCGUUGCCGUGACGACCGCCACCGCCCCUGUCACAGCCGCUCCACAAGUCAACGCUGUUGCCAACAUGGAUGACAAUGGGCCGUUUGUGCUCCCUGACCCACCAUCCGACCAUCAACAGGAGCGUGACCAGGUUGCCGCUGCACUUGACGCCCUGAACGCUGCGACGGAGCCGCCACAGCCGCGCCAGCUGUGUCCCGCGGUUCACCCCGUGAACACCACCGGCGAGCACCCCCCGCCGGGCUACGACGAGGCCGUGGGCAUGGUCGUGCGUCCCGGCGUCGCCGGCGCGAAGGUCAACGCCGCCCCGGUCCUCCCCCCGCGUCGCACCGCGCCCGCCAACAACGACGCCAACGCCGAGCCCCUCAGCCUUGCCGAACGCUACGGGCUUCCGGUCGCCGAGAUCUAA